AUGGCACCCACAUCUGCGUCAGCAUCCGACCGAACCGGAAGCGGCGAAUCGACUGCGCUGCCAGAGCCUACCCCGCACCAGCUGUCCAAACGCCAACAGUAUGAUGCCCUGGUAGAUGCAGAGGUGGGUGCAGAAGUGAAUACAUCGCUCGGAUCCCCCGCAUCGCAUCCGUCGUAUCCAGCAGCCGCAUCGCUUUGCCGCGCAUACCCGACGCAGGCAUCGGCCAUCUUCCAGACCUACCUCGACCUCAAGAACGGCGCGGCCGCAUGGGACGUCGUUGAGCCUCUUGCCCUACGUCAUCCGCAGCAAGCACCCAAAAGCAGCACAGCGGUGUCGGGCAGUGCGGAGCUGGCAGGCUUGUCCGAUUCAGAGGCGCACGAGUUGGUGCAAACGACGCUAGCGAGCUGGAAGAACGCCGACACACGGCUCGGACUCGUCAACCCGCCCGAGCCAGAGCAAGACCAAGAUGGUGAUCCUAUGCUGACGCAUGGACUGGCUGCGAUCAAGGGCCGCAGAAAGAACGCAACCGCAUACGAGAUCGUGAUUCCUCUGACCAUCUCGCAACACCUCACCACUUUGCAACUCGUCGGGAUCUUUACCCUGCUCACUCAACACGCCGCCUCGUCCACCGACACCGUCGACACCUCGCACGUGCUGCUCGCCAUCAUCGCGCCCGACUCGACGCUCGUCUACUACACCGUGUCCAAAGACAUGGUCAAGCCCGUCAACUGA